UUUUGCUGUUACUUCAGCCUGCAGCGGAAUUUGAGAUGUCUUAUUCUGCCGAAUUACAAUUUUCUAUUGCAUCACAAACAAAUCGUAUCGAGAGUAGCCCGCCCCGGUUAACGUCUUGUAGCGACGCAGGCUACAGCAGCAGUGGAACACCAAGUAUAACUAACAGCCCGAGCGAGUUUUCAUUCGAUCCUGCUGAUUUCUCUCAUCCUAAUCUCACAUUAGAUGAAAUGGACUUGGACGCAUUCGACGCAUGUAGGGUUAAACAAGAACCAGAUCUCUACGCUUUGCAUAACUCUAACCCAAGAAGGCGAUCAGUGGCAACUUGCUCGACCGCAAAACAGGGGCUUUCGGGAAUGCCAAUCUCAGGGUAUAACUCAAGUGCUACCCUGCAAAGACCGAACAGCGCAAAUUGCCUGACCGUACCGCAAGAGAAUUACAUUAGAAACUUUGAGAGUUCGCCUCUGCAGCAGCAGCACGUUCCUAUGCAAUCUAGUUCUUCGUUGUGCUGUUUCUCCAACGUCGUGUCAACUUUCGACGUACCAAGUCCCAAGCUAUGCAACAACAGCACGACAGCUAGCAUCGUUCACGAGCCACUGUUUGAAAAGUUCCCGAAUACUCAAAACUUUUUCUCCGGGCAAGACACCCUGAAACCGGAAUUGGUGCGGAGACAGCACUCGGACAGCGUGAUUUUCGGACAGGAAAGCUUCCAGCAAAACUCGACACAGAGCACAAAUACACAGAAUCGCAGUUUUAGCAGCAGUUUAAAUGCCGUUGACCUCCGUAACAGAGCUGAAGACUUCGGUUUCAUGGACCCUUCCAUGCUUACUAUUCAAAGUAGCCCAGGACAGGAUAGAAAACACAAAACUCGUUUAAACGGUUCGGUUCAAUCGAAUUACAAUAAGUUGACAACAACACCAAACUUAUCACAUCAAGGCACGUCUUGUGACUUCGUUCCUUUUGUUCCACCACAAACAAAUCUAAAGUCCUGUCAAUUUUCAACCCCAAGGUCAAGCGACGUCAGUAUCCUUACUGUCCUACCCCACCAUGGCGGCGUGCCGGGAACUCGGGAUGUACAAAGAGACAGUCCAAGCGGCAACCCCCGUUAUACUUCUGAGGACGAAGCGUGGAGAUCCUACCUUGAGAACCCUCUCACGGCAGCAACGACUGCAAUGAUGUCAAUACACGGAGACGAGGAUUCAGCCGCUGCGUUAGGGAUCCUGUACGACUAUUACAAGGUUCCACGAGAAAAACGAAUUUUGACUUAUCAACCGAACACCGGCAACAGGGAUAAACAAACAAGGUGUGUUUCGUCGCAAGAAGGCAACAUAUCGUCUACUGGGCUAACUUCUGAAGACGUUUCGGCAAUGACCCCAGUCAUUUCGGCAGCUUCUACCGCAGUUCACGGGGACAGCAGUCUAGAAAUUACAGUUCGUGACCACUCAACCGAAGAGGUGAUUUCACCACGUGACCUGAACAACUUUUCACAUCCUGACGUAAUCACCCUGAGCACGGUUCGACCAGAACUGUCGGCUCUUUGCGAGGUUAACGGUUUGGGCGAGUACCUUAAUAUUGGUCGUGUACAAGAGGAUAUAAGGCAACUAACACCAGACAGUGCGUAUUCGGAAGCCAAAGAUUCACCUCCACAAAUGUCCCAGAUCUACACCGAUUACACGAACAAAUACAUCAACCAACAGUCUAGAACUACGCGCUACACUUCUGGAAACUCGCCAAAACUGUACAACAAAAACAACAACAACAACAACAACAACAACAACAACACCCUAUUAACAACAACCCCAACCGGGAACCAACCGUUUAAUUCCCCAUCAUCAAGUUUGAUUCCGCUACCAAAUAUAUUUAGUCCUGCACUUGAGAUUCUGCCUUCAGAUUACACUGGGGAAUACUUUGAAUAUGCUAUGGAAGCGCCGAAGUCGCUGAAGCAAAAAGAUGGCGAACCGACAAUGUCAUACAUUAAUAAAGGUCAGUUUUACUGCAUUUCUCUGAGAGAAUGCGCGGGCCGGCCAUGGAGAUAUAAGAACACUCGAGUAACUAGCGUAGUACAAAUCGUGUUUGGAGACGGGAAACCAGAAGACGAACAACUGCGACAUUGGAAAUAUUGGCACGCAAGACAACAUACUGCUAAACAAAGAAUUAUUGAUAUUGCUGAUUACAAAGAAAGCUGCAUGAUCAGCGACAUCGAUGAAUUCGCACAUAAUGCAAUCAGCUUUAAUUGGGACGUGAAUGACGUUGCCAAGAUAUUCGUUAGCUGCAACUGCCUCAGUACAGAUUUCAGCGCUCAAAAAGGAAUUAAGGGCUUGCCUUUGCUGUUACAAAUCGACACGUACAUGGAUAACAGACGAGGUGCUGCACCCGCACAUCGAGGAAUGUGUCAACUUAAAGUAUUCUGUGAUAAGGGUGCAGAACGCAAGAUACGAGACGAAGAAAGAAAGGCGAUGAGAAAAAGACAACGAUCCGGAAUUAAAGUCAACAGCACCCUUCCCCAUUGCCAAACGAUGGCAGUAAACAAUCGGGACCCCAAAACACCCCUAAGGUCACCCAGCAUUACCCCGCCCCCAACAUCCGCCGCGCCAGCAGGAGGGGCACCGGGUAAAAGGCAGGAGGUCGUAUAUUUCAAGACAGUGGUGGACGGCAUCACCCCUUCCGUGUAUUUCGUGCCAGAAAUUUUUGGUCACGUAAACAACGCGCGCGGCUUAUCGUCGGUCUCACCUUGCCCCAAAUCAAGUGACAUCCCGUCAACCUCGAACGAUCCAGAUUAUACCACCAGCCAAUUGGAUUUUUCCGAUCCUCUCCGAGGCUCCACCAAGCGUUCGCUGUCUAUGCUUAGUUCGGAUGAAGGCGAAUUCCCAUCAAAUAAGGUUUUAAAGCGUAGUGAAGACACGCGUGUUCUGCUGUACGUUCGAAGAGAGACGGACGACGUAUAUGAUGGAAUAAUGUUGUGUGAUCCAACACUAGAGGGUCUAAAGCGAGCGCUGGAGGAAAAAUACGGAAUCCCAGUUCAAAAAAUGAGCAAAGUAUUAAAGAAGUCGCGAAAAGGGAUUCUAGUUAAUGUGGACGACAACAUCGUUCGUCAUUAUAGCAACGAAGACACCUUUAUUAUAGCCGUCGAAACGGAAACAAUAGACAAUGACGUUACCCACAAAAUUACAUUGUCGGUCGUCUGACGUAGGAGGGACAAAACUCAUGUGCUAUGACGUCAGUGGCUCUCGUUUGCUUUUUUUCACCCGAAAAAGGAGAGAGGAGAAAAUACUCGCGGUCGGUUUCUAUAGAUAUUUUUGUGCGCACUUUCGCUGACAUACAAUUAUGCAUUUGUAUCUCAAAAAAUGAGAGAUUAUGCCCAUUCGAGAUUACGGAGCGUUGCAAUCAAUGAAUCGCUUUGAUCGUACGCUUUAUCUACGCACCUACAACUUGCCAAACAUAUUAACACAGUGUGUAAUACCUACAAUAUCGGCGACCUAUUUUUUGAACGUCACUGUACAAUACUUUUUCAAUGGCCGCCACCGCAUAUUAAGUGUUCAGCCUUCGCAAGUCGUUCCCAAAAUAGCACACAAGUCUUCUUAAAUGCAAUUUAACGUAUCCAUCAUUGCGGUUGACAGCCUCAUUAUGAUAAACACCUGAUUUUGAUCAAUCUGCGAUUUGACACGCCCAUGCAAAGUCCAAUACCGCAGCAGUGCCUUAUCUUUGUUAACUAUCUUGCCUUUAUCCGCAUUGUAUCUAAUAACGUUCCAGUGUUGUUGUCUUUAACGUAUGCAAUUAUAAGCUUAAUACAGACGACCAGUUACAA